AGUUGAUCAGAAGUUUCUAAGACAGUUUACGCAAGUUCAGAAGUCGCGGUAGCACUGUCCAUUGGAGCCAGAUCUCAGGCGAAGGCCCUGAAAAUGGUCACAAUGAUGAAGUUUCGCCAGCUGUGCAGCCAUUCGUUGCUUGUCAUGGCGGUGCUUGCAGUGCUCAUCCCAGAAAGUCAAGCUGUACCUGCCUCACUGCUCAAGUUGUGUGAGCAACCGGCUCUGCGAGCCAUACUCAAGUUUUGUUCCCAGCCGGCAACAGAGGCCCCGACAACUGAGGCCCCUACAACAGAGGCCCCGACAACACUGCCGCCCUGUACAUAUAGUGAGUGGGGUGACUGGCAGGAGCUCAGCUUUGCCCGGCCAGGCCAGAAAUCCUGCCCAACAGGCUCUGCAGUCGAAGCGGAAAGACGCCGUACUCUUUCCGGGGGUGACAAAAGCUACUGCAAAGAGCUACUGGUGGAAAGAUCGCUACGCUGUCCACCAUCAGUACAAGAGCAAAUCAACUCAUUGCAGUUUGCACUCGGCGGUUCUCUAGGUCAGGAGAUCUCCAGGAAGGUCCAGGGACCAGGUGGUCGUGCCGGUCCAGGACAGGCAGGUCCGUCUGGUAAGAGUGGUCCUCCCGGCCGGCGGCCCACUUACCCAUGCUAUCCUCGACACCUUUCGCCCGGCCGACCCGGCCCCAAAGGUAGUGCCCCUAGACGUGGAUCGCCGGGACCCAAGGGAGGACCCAGCGGAUCAUCGGGACCAUCAGGACAAGCAGGACCGUCAGGACCGGCUGGCCCACCAGGAGGAUAUAGACCCAGCCGUCGCUGCCCUCCCACCUCAGAUUUUCGGCCAUGGCGACCGGAUGUCACAUGGAAAUCAUUCCACAGUGGCCCCACUACUCCCGGUCCAGACGUGACGAGAGAAAUCGUGCUGGUGCUCGAUGCAUCUGGCAGUGUAGGACGAUCGGCCUUCAACGACAUGUUACAGAAUCUAGGGGAUCUCCUGGAAGCACUCUGCACCAACUUCACUCAGGAGAAUGCACCAUCAAACUACCGCUUUGCAUUGGUCGUGUAUGGCUCUGCAGUGCAUGAGGUUUUCAACUUCCACCAUUCAAGCCUGGGACAUCUUAACAAGGAGGCCAUUAAAGCCUCCGUCUUAGCAGCGGAACAGUUCUACACUGGAGGCCUCACUGCAACUGGUCCUGCCCUUCGGUACUGCUACAACAAUAUCUUCACCGAAUCAGCCGGCAUGACGGCGUCCAACAAUACGAUGAGGAGAGUCUUGUUGAUCACGGACGGUAGAAGUAACAUAGGCGAGUCGCCCCGACAGGUUGCCCAGGACCUCAAGUUCGACAAGAGAGUGGAGGUGUUUCCCGUCGGAGUCGGCAACAACGUCAACUUGCAGGAGCUACACAGCGUCAGAACCACCAUAGGUGACUACAACACGCGCCUUAUACCUCUUAUGCUGGUGAGCGACUUCACCUCGUUUGCCUUCAUAGUAGAUGCGGUCAAGCAGGAAGUCCAGGAUGGUCGGAAUUUUUGUGGUAAUCCCUCCAUCUUCAAAUAACACUCCACAUCUUGGCCUUCUCACAUCGCGUAAGCCUUUGAUAUCCCAAGAUCUCUUUAACCAUUAUUAUGACUCUCAUGUAGUUUCAUGUUUUGCCAAGCAUCAAUUUCAACAGCUGGUGUUUGGUAUCUUAUUAUACGGGCAUUUCACCUCCUUUUGACCAACUACUAAUAUAUAUCCCAUCUCUCCCCCCCCCCCCCCCUCUCUGCACUAGCAAGCAGGUCCACGGACACAGACACACAUGCACAACAUAAACCAGCGCACACAUUAGCACACACUCGUGCACCCGCUCUGGUGUAGCUGUUAUCCUCUGUCUGUAAUAUGUAACUACCUGCAGAUUGUGCAAUUGUAUCUUUGCAGGCAUGAGGUCAUGACAUCCAUGUAUAGCGACCAAAAAUUCAUCUUUUGUUGCCUAGUUCCUUUCACACUCAGCGCCGGUUAUAAUCCUUAUGCUCAUCCUCAUUUUCUUACUAUAUAUUUUAUACCCUGCAUAGUUAUUGUUAUGUUAUGACGUAAUGCCGUACAACUUUAGCUCUACUGUGUAUGCAUGCACGCAUAUCUUUGAAGGUCUUCUCUGUCGUUUUUUUAAUACAGAUUGAAUCUUGUCAGUUUUUCUACUUCGUAUACCGGUAUUCUAACCAAUAAACUACUUGUCUCUUGUCUACCGAACCUAACAUGGCGCAGUGAACUACUAGUAACCUGAGUACGGAAUAUUUGACAGCCUGUAGUUGUCCGUGAA